AUGGCUUUCUCACAUAGCCCAGCUGUUUCUCAUGUCGACGAGAGCUACUCAGCUUCUGCAGGCUACGACAACACCAUGACAUGGUUUAUCUCCAACACGGACUCGGCAUUGCUUCAAUCUGAAGUAUCAACAUCCGCGCCAACUCCUGUGUGGGGUCUUGACGCUACCAUCGAUCCGGCACUGCUGCUAACCCAGCAUCAAGAUUUGGAGAACUAUUCGAGUGACGCCGCGCCCAUCCAUCAUUUCUGA